AUGUCACGAAUCUAUGACAACUGGGAAAGGCUUGUGGCAGCUGUUCUACGGAAACAGCAGCUAUGGGAACUUUUCCAUGAUCAGUCGAGGAGCCCCAUCCCGGAAGUUCAUCUUCAUAUUCUGAAGGUCCCGUUGCAGAGUACAAAGUUCAGUCCACCCUUUGAACUGGAAGAUCUGUUGAGGGCUUCUGCGAAGUAUCUUGGGAAGGGGACGUUCGGGAGCGCAUAUGCCGCUGCUCUACAUUACGGGACUAAGAUUGUGAUAAAGAGACUGAAGUUGGUGAGUGUUUCUGAACCACAAUUCAGACGACACAUGGAGGUUGUUGGGAAUAUCAGGGAUGAAAACGUCACCACCUUAAGGGCUUACUUCUGUUCCAAAGAUGAAAAGCUUUUGUUAUAUGAUUGUUAUAGUAACGGCAGCGUCUCCUCACUGUUACACGGGGAAAAUGGCGAGAAUCGGGCUAGUGUAGACUGGCCAACCAGAAUGAGAAUUGCUGUUGGUGCAGCAAGGGGUAUUGCCCACAUACACACACAAAUUGGUGGGAAGCUUGUCCAUGGAAACAUUAAAGCUUCAAAUAUUUUCCUGAAUUCACAAAGGUACGGCUGCAUAUCUGAUCUUGGGAUGGCAUACGUGGCGGCAACGGCGUUCAUACCGAAUUCAUACUGCUAUGCUCCAGAAGUCGAGAACACUCAAAAUGUAUCCCAAGCAUCUGAUGUCUAUAGCUUUGGGGUUUUGCUGCUUGAACUUCUUACUAAAAAAUCUCCUGUACAAGUCAGUGGCAGUGAAGCUGUCGAUUUAGUCAAGUUGGCUAAUUCUGUUAAUCGUAAGAAAUGGAUUGCUAAAAUAUUUGAUACUGAUGUACAGAAGAAUCGUACUGUAGAGAGACAGAUGGAAAAGAUGUUGCAAAUAGGCAUGAUGUGUGUAGCAAAAUCCCCUAAGAGAAGACCAAGAAUGUCUGAAGUUGUGAAGGUGAUAGAGGACAGUAUGUUGAUUAUGGUAAAUCAGUUUUCUGUAAGAACAAAAAUGAACAAACUGAUGUUUUUUGAGGAUGCUCGUUACACAUUUGACCUUGAGGAUCUGCUGAGGGCUUCUGCUGAGGUGCUUGGAAGGGGAAUGUUUGGGGUUUCAUACAAGGUAAUACUGGAGAACGGAAUAACAAUUGUCGUAAAGAGGUCGAAGGAAGUGGUUGUUGCAAAAAAAGAAUUCCAGCGGCAUAUGGAGGUCAUGAGCAGGAUGCAGGGGCACGAAAAUGUUUCUGAAUUAAGGGCACACUACUAUUCAGUGGACGAAAAGCUAUUGGUGUAUGAUUAUCACAGUCAGGGCAGUGUAUCUGCCUUGCUACAUGGGAAACGAGGUUCAGGCAGGAAACCUUUAGAUUGGAAGGCUCGAUUACGAAUUGCAAUAGGUGCAGCAAGAGGGUUUGCUCACAUCCACAAGCAAGAUGGCGGGAAAUUUUUGCAUGGAAAUAUAAGAACUUCAAACAUUUUCCUAAACGAGCAACGACAUGGCCGUGUCUCCGAUGUUGGAUUGGCAACAUUGUCGAGCCCAACUACAUUAUUAGUUAUGAGAACUGCUGGAUACUGUGCCCCUGAAGUCAUGGACAUCAAGAAAAUAUCCCAAGCUUCCGAUGUCUACAGCUUUGGAGUUGUACUACUCGAACUCAUCUCUGGAAAGAGGCCUAUCCACACGACUGGUGAUGGCAAGGUCAUUUCACUAGUCAGGUGGAUUGAAACUGUUAUACGGGAGGAGUGGACAGAUGAAGUGUUUGAUGCUGAGCUUCUGAGGUAUCAGCAUGACAAUGAGGCUAUGCUACAAUUGCUGCAAAUAGCAAUGGGUUGUGUUGAUAGUGUCCCCAAGCGCAGGCCUAAAAUGGCUGAUGUAUUGAUGGAGCUGGAGGCGAUUAGUGAAACUGAAACAGUGAGCAGCCCUUCUGUAGAAUAAAGAUUGGGGGAUCAGUUCGCGUUGGAGCCUCUUGUUUCACUAUAUGUAAGUCUGGUAGGACUUGUUUGUCCAAUGUUCCGGUGGAUGUCUGUGAAUUGAGUGCAUGCAAUUGGUGCUUCUUGAGUUGGUCUCAAAAAGUUAAAAGUGAGAUUAAUAGAUUUUGGCAUUAGAAAAUGAAAAUGUUUCCAAGAUGAAACCCAACCAACUUGUAAAUAAGUCGUCAAGCUUGACUUUGGUACACACUAAGGACAACACAAAAAAAGACGUGAGAAUAGAAGUCCUUUGGUGCACACACAAUUUCUUUCGUUGUCCUACGUCCAGUCCUUCGUAGAAAUUUCUGCGAAACUUAAUAUUAUUAAGCUCACGGCAAAGUUCAUCGACUUCAAACGUUAUAUAGUGUGUUAUUGACUUGAUUGAUUUCAAUCAUCUGGGAAAGAGAAGACUUUGAAGCUUCAGAAGAGAUGAGCAAAGUGUACGAUGACUGGGAGAGGCUGGUCCAGGCCACGCUUCGAAGAGAUGAGCUUUGGCGAAUCUGCCACGACCAUUCCAGGACCCCGAGCGGUGGCUCCACUACUUCCGGGACCAGUCAAGGCUCAAGUUCCCCUGUUCCUGAGGUGGCGCCUAAGAGUUCACGUACACGGGUUUCACCCUUGAAUCACCAGAAUCAACAAAACGGGGCCAAAUUCAACAACAAAGAGUCUCUGAGAAGAGGGAAAUCAAGAACUCGUAUGGACACGAGUGUCGGCUCCACUAGUUCUGGUUCAGGUUCUCCCGUUCUUGAGGUGGCUGUCAAGAGUUUAAGCACAUGGGUUUCGCCUUUGAACCACCGGAGUCAACAAGGUGAAGCCAUAUUCAAUAACGAAAAGUCUCUGAGGAGAAGGAAAUCAAGAAUCCGUUUGGAUCGAUGGAUUUUGACUCGAUGGCGUUCCAUUACGUUUAGGACCCAACCAACUGAUGCAUAACUUGACCAAGAAGUCAAGUUUUUGUGGAGUUAAUAAGCUGUUGAAAGCAAGUAAUUUCCUCGAUCGCCUAUGAUUUGUUCUUUUUAUUCAUUUGUUAGCCAGUACCCUUAGAACUUUUUUGCAAGUGUGUCUUUUCUUCUCUCUAGCAUUUGUUUUCCAUUUUCAUUCUUAUAGCUCAAUUUCUCCAUUCGACGUCCCAACAAAUCCUUCCAAGCUAAAAGCAUACAAUAUCAAAUGCCUAAAAGUAUUUAACAGUAAAAAAUAGAGAUCCAAAAAAGAUCUUGGUUGUGGGCCUGGUGUCACAAACUUUGAUUAAGAGGUCAGUCUCAUGGGCACACAAGUAUGCUAAAACAGGUGGCUACAUUUAUGUAUUUGAAUUCAAGGGUUGAAUUCUUUUACAAAGUAAAGGCCAUUUUGAUUUAAAUCACAAUCCUUCGAAAAUUUGGUUGUGCUUCAAUGAUUGAUCUGGUGGUCAUUUUCAAACCUUACUACCCUUUCUCAGAGUUGUGCUGUAUCUUUCCUUUAUCACAAAAGUCUAUGCAACUGCUGUUUUUCUCGAAUUUUCUUUCAGAUGCAAUCAAACAUCAUCAUGAUCGGGGCUAUUAAAACUCUAUGAAACUGUGUUGGUUUGAUCUUUAAGCUCAAGCGAAGAUGGUUAAAUUUUACGACAACUGGGAGAGGCUAGUGGAAGCUGUGAUGCGUAGAGAACAGCUCCGGACUCUUAGUCUAUCAGAUUCAAGAACCCCCAGCGCAAGAUCACUCGAUUCAGAUUUUAGUUUUAGUUCAAGUUCUCAGUAUGAUGAGGUUUCUUUUAGAAUCACUCCAUCUCCUCUGCACCCAGAUUCAGUUAAGCUUAGACUCGAACAAAGUCUUAAAGAAGGGAAACAGAGAGGAAAUGGAAAAGCGCCUGCAAAGAGGAGAAGUGCUAUGUGGAAAGGCCUGUCAAUAUUUAGUGGUUUCUCCUCCAAGAAGGACUAUGGCAGAGAGGAAAUAGAGAUUCAAUGGGCUAAUAAAGCUCAGAGAACACUGCAUGGCCUUGAACCAAUGAAAACAGCUGGUGUUUCUAGCAAGAAGAUCUAUGAAGAUCUUUCUCUGCCGGCAGAAAAGGACAAGAAGAGAGCUGAGUUUGCAAGGCUUCAAGAACUGCAUACUCUCAAGGGUCAUAUUGAAUCAGUUAUGAAAGCAAAAGGCCUCGAUAUCAACUCAAUUGAUCAUUACUACACAGUUUGAAGACGGAGUAGACUUGGCAAAAGAUGAAUGCAUAAACUGGAAGCUUUAGAAUGUGAAGAACAGAAACACCCGCCUUAAUUACUAAAGCAUCCUUGUUUAUGUUGAAGGUCUCCCAUUUUUUGCUCUGCAUAGUUUUCGUCCUCCGGAAACUUUCGGUUGUGGUUCUAUUGUUCGGUUAUACCUAUCUAUGAUGAAAUGAAUGCAAUUUAUCUGCAAAAAGCCAAAAACUGAUGUUCUCGUCUCUAUGUUUUGUAUCACCUUAUGCUCUUUUUCUUUUUUUCAAUCUAUAUAGUCCAACAGUAAGAAACCGUCAACUAGGAUCCUGCUGGUUCAUGAACUGUGUCUAUCAAUAGAAACUGAUUUUGUAGUAUACCAAGUCUUAUGAAGAUCUAUUCCCUGGAACUGUCAUUUUGUUCGUUCCACAUUGAGUGAAGGGUCGAACGAGUACUGACCUCUAUUCCCUACAGCAACAACUCCUGGAGAUUUCAAAGAGAAAUUAUGUCUUCUGGACUAUUACUGAUUGCUUUAUUUUUGCUGAGCUUAUCAUAAUGGAAACUUGCUGCAGUGCUUAUGUUCAGUAGUGAGGUAGGAGUCUCCACAGAAGAGGAGGCAAAUACUGAAAACUGAAAGGACUUUCUGUGUUAAAGCCCAAAUAGACAUGUCUCGGAUCUACGACAACUGGGAGAGGUUGGUGGCAGCCGUGCUGAAGAGAGAGCAGAUUCGACAGCUCUGCUACGCCCCCUCCAGCAGCUCAGGCAGCACCCUCUCAUCAGAUUUCAGUACUAUCUCAACUUCUCAACCUGAUGAAUCUAGUCAAAUUGAGAAUGAGUUGACUGAACCAUACAAACCAGGGGUGCAUGUUACACUUGAAGCCUCUGGAGAUGAAAGCAUAAAGGUCAAACGGGUACGCUUCAGCCCGAGAAAAUUCAACGAAAAAGAAGCAGAGACCUGGUGGCUUAACAACAGAGACAAAGUUUACAAGAAAUAUAAUGAUCUAGCAGCGCUUGCCCAACUUAAGAAAUUAUCAAUUUCGGGCAAGGCUGGAUCUGCCUCAAUUGUUACAUUUCUCGAUAUAAGGGAAGAAAGUAAUGAACAGCCACUAUCUCAGACCACAUUUGACCAGAACAUGAAAUCCAGAAAUUCAGAGGUCGAGGGAACUGCUAGUCACAUUGCGGAUGUGUGGAUUGAAACUUAUGAACCUGGGGUGCAUGUAACACUUAGCGCCUUCAGAGAUGGAAGUAGAGACAUCAAACGGAUACGAUUCAGCCGGAGAAGAUUCCGGGAGCACGAAGCAGAAGCCUGGUGGCUGGAGAAUCGAGAAAAAGUUUACAAGAAAUACAGUGUCAUCCAUCCUUAGCCUGAAUCAGGCAACAACCAGUUUGCAGUUUGCUGGUCUUAAGAAUCAGUUUACUUUGUUUCUGUUUCAGGCUUCGGGAAUUACACACUCUCAGGGGUCAUAUUGAAUCAGUUAUAGAUGAAAAAGGCCUGGAUAUUGAUUUAGGUCAUCAUCACUAUACAGUAAGAAGACAGACUAAACCGGGCAAAAAUGAGUACAUAAGCUGGAAACUCAAAAUCUGAAGAAGAGAAAGACUGCCUUAAUUGCUAAGGAAUCCCAGUCUAUUCGGAAGCUUUCCUAUUUCUUUGCAGUGUAUUGUUUCUAUGUUUCAGAUUAGAUUAUACUAUUAUUCUGUUUUUCCGAGUCCCAAAUGAAUUAAUGA